GAUGACAUUAACGAAUUCCCAAGAUAAUUCGCAGCUUCCUGAGAGGACUGGCAUCUCUAUCCGAGCAGCUGUGGAGCCACCCAAGCAGGAUCAAAUGCAAAAUUCCCUUGCUCCUCCUUCAGCUCUUGCACAGGGGACAUCUAAGCCCAAAAUUGGUUCUGAUGGUGAAAAUAUUACUGGUUUAUCUUCUGCAAAUCUCUUACCUGCUUUUGAUAAGGUUGAAUCACCUGAUGCUGUCAACGUUUCUGCGAAUUCAGCAUCUAGAAAUUCUGAGGUUCCAAGAGGCCCAUUGUCGAAAGAACCUGGAAGUCAAUUAGGAGCAUUGCCAGGGCCUAACAAACAAUAUGUAGGGUCGACUGGUGCUUCUGGGGUACAUUCUGUAACCAGCUCUUCAACUGGCAAUCGCUCUUCCACUGAAGCAGCUUUGACUAAUGUCGCUGGAAGUCAAUUAGGAGCAUUGCCAGGGCCUAACAAACAACAUGUAGGGUCGACUGGUUUCUCUGGGGAACAGUCUGUAACCAGCUCUUCAACUGCCAAUCACUCUUCCACUGAAGCAGCCUUGACUAAUGUUGCUGGAAGGAGAAUGGAAAACCUUAGCAGGUCCAAUUCUAUCAAGAAUCAUGAGCAAGGAAAGAAAGGAGAUGACCCACAUCCAAUCAAGGUUGAUGAAGAAGGAAACUCAAUCUCAGCUGUAGCUUUACGGGAAUCCUCUCUUAGUGGGGUGCUUGAGAAUUUGGAAGCUAAGACAACUGACACCUGCCCAUCAGGAAUUUGUGAAGAUGUUCCAGAGUCUGUAAGUGAAUUGCUUUCGACGACUGAUGCUCUCUCUCCUGAUAUUUUGGAACUUAAGUGCAAUGGUGUUGGGAAGGCAUUGUCUCUGUGUCAUCUGAAAUUUCUGCUGGUGUACCGGUUCUUGAUAAUUCACAGAGUUCUCAACAAUCAAUUCAAGAUGACUCCGCCGAGAAAAAUGAAAUUUUGGAUAAUACGGAUGCUGACAGGGGUGAACUAGAAAGUACAGGGCCUGUUGUUGAACAGCCGAAAGAGUCUGAUAGUUAUGUGGUUUCUUCUGUCUCAGUCUCUUUAGAACAUUCUGAUAUCAUCAGGGGGGGUGACCAGGAUUCUGCCCCAUUGGUCGAAGCUUCUGGGAAGGAGGUUCCAACUAGCACAACUGAAAGGACCGGCCUGGACGAAGAGAGAUAUGAUCGAGGUAUUGAUAAGGCGAAU